CACACAGCGCUUUGCCUUGAAUUCUAUCAAGCUGAAAAAAAUCCAAGCUCUGUUGUUCCGAUGAUCAAGCGACAAAUAUGCCCAUUGGCGAAAUCCCAGGCUUUUAUUACGAUGAGGAGAAGAACAAAUACUUUAAAAUAAUGCCUACUGGACCUUAUAGUCUAGCAGCCAUUAAGAAAGCCCGCGAAAGUAAAGCUGCUGUACGCCAAGAUAUCGUCUCAACAUCCCAGUCGUCGAAAUUGCCAAAGAAACGGUCAUGCGCUUACGAUCUGAAUCUUGCAUUGUUUUGUCGACAACGGGAGACGCAGAUACGACAAUUACCAUUACGGUCGAUUGGUCAAGGUUCGAAAACUUUAUACCGACAAUUGAAGCCAAACACCGAAGUACAGAUUAGAUCCUUAUCUGAUGCCAAUAUGGAGUGUCGAUCCAGCUGUCUCGAUGCGACUUCAUACCCAGACCAUGGCGAAGUUAUUGUAUCUGUAUCCGGAAAUGUAGUCGGUCAUUAUGGUUUCCAAACUGAUCCUUUCUUUCACAUGUGGAAACUUCAGUCUUGGGAGAUGUCAUCUUUGGUCACGUCGCUCAAGUUUAGUCAAACUUUUGAACUGUAUGGAAACCAGCGAAGGACCUUGAUCAGCACCACCUUGGGUAAUAGUAGCAAUGUACCGGCCCAGCUUUCACGUCAUUCGUAUCCAAUUCCUCAAUCGCUAAGCAACGAAGAGGCAGAAGAGCUGGCAGAACAACUGGACGACGAUCAUCCUGCUACUGUGAAACAUCUCACUGCGGCUUUCUUCCGCCGACAAUCGUAUAUGCCCGAUUUGCAGUUAGACUGUCUAUUCCACAGCGACCGGGACUCUUUUUGGACAAGUUCUUCGAGUAUCGAAAAUAACAUCAUCAUUGCGGGAGGUGAUAAAGGCGUCUACCAUUUGACGAGUCAAUUUGAUAACAUCACUCAAAUCAAAGUCAGAUCCAGUGUUCUCGCCACACACAUCGUGAAGUCUCAACCAUCAUGUGUCUGGUUGGGUAGUCGAAAUGGCAACAUACAUCAAUUUGACGUCCGUUAUGCGAGAGCACUUCGAAAACCUCUCUUUCAGCAAUCGUCAAGCGUUACGAACGUGGUAUCCUUGGAUCAUUUUUCUUCUGGACAUCGAAUACUCGCCGCUUCAAUGGAUGGAUCACUGAAUAUCUGGGAUGUUCGUAAUGGGAAAACACCAAUACGUGAACUGCGAGGUCAUAUCAACCAUUAUUGUCAGGAGCUGGCCUUUGAUUUGGACGUUUCAUCCAAUAUAGUCACUGUUGCUGGUUCCGAUCAUCGGUUGCGCUUGUGGUCACUCUGCGAUGACGAAAAUAGCGUGUUACCCUUUUGGGAAUCUCCAUCAUCCAUGAAGGACGGACCUGUUUCAGCUGCUAAAUUUAUCACAUCUUCGCCUUCCGCACAGCCGGUCUGGUCGAAUGGACCAUUUAAUGCAUGUUGUUACCGUCGCUCUCCGGGACUAAUGGUAUGCGCUCCCGAUCGUUAUAAUCAUCCUGCUAUACACUGGAUGUCUCCUUCGUUUGAGGAUAGUUCCCAUAGAACAUAGUACUACAAUUCCUAUCCAUAUUUCGCAUCUGUAUAUAUAUAUUCCAUAUUCCCCUAUCUGGACUUUUCGAUAUCCAUUUUGUUUAUUGUUUCCAUCAAUGUCAUGAGCAGCAAUAACAAUUAUUUAUCAGAACCGCGAACUUUCUUCUUUUCCUCACAAUAAAGCAUCCAUUUUUUAAUGUGUAACAAAAAAAACCAGAGUUUCAAUACUGUAGAUUAGCUGUAUAAUGCAACAAACAUAGUCAUCAAAAGCCUAAAGCUAAUGAUAGCUUCCUUGGCGCACCUUAUCAAGCUAUGCCAAGC